GCAGCGGGCAGAUUAGUCGACUCCAUUUCGCUUCCCCGUCCAUCUCAUUCCUCUUCUCUCCUCCCCUCCCUCGGCCUUUCUCCCAUCCCCGUUCGAAGAAGCCGCCGAUACCGCGGCAGUCGAGGAUGGCGGCGGCGGCACCACCGGACGGGCAGGAGAAGGUGAUUGCGGCGGCGCAGCACAUCGUCAAGUUGCUCGCCAGCUCCAAGAACGCUGCCGACGACAUGAUCCGCAUCCUCUCCGGCUUCGACAACCGCCUCUCGCUCAUGUCCGACCUCUUCACUCCUCCCCCUGCCGCCGCCGCCGUUGGUUCCAUCCUGGAGGCGGACGAGGGGACCCAGAGGGAGGGGGACGAGGCCGACUACGACGAAGACGACGCCGCUGCCCGGGCCGAGGCGGAGUGGGACGUGGCGGCCGAGGUGGUCGAGCGCCGGGUGUCCCCCGCUGCCGGGGCGGCCGAGGUGGUCGAGCGCCGGGUGUCCCCCGCUGCCGGGGAAGCGCUGGUGUUCGACUCGCGGGAGGGCGCCGAGGAGUACCUCGCCGCGGUCGCCUGCCUCGUUGGCGCGCCGGGCCCGCGCGCCGAGGCCGCGCUGCAGGCCGCCAUGACGCGGCUCGAGGACGAGUUCCGCCACCUGCUCGUGCGCGGGGCGCCGCCGCUCGCCCCAGAGGACCUCCAGACCUCGCUCCUCCGGCGGCUCUCGCUCACGGUGCCCUCCUUCAACUCCUCCGCCGUAGACCUAGACUGCCACUCCUUCGCCCACCACCCGGCCGCCGUGGGGGGAGACGAGCAGCAGUGCGGCAGGAGCUCCGCCUCCGACGACGAGACCUUGCCCUACCUCAUGGCCCCGGACACCGUCAGCGCCCUCAGGGACAUCGCCGACGUCAUGCUGCGCGCGGGCUACGCGCCCGAGCUGUGCCAGGUCUACGGGGAGGUGCGCCGGGACACGCUCAUGGAACGCCUCGCCGUGCUCGGGAUCGACAAGAUGAGCCUCGAGGAGGUGCAGCAGGUGGAGUGGGGCGUGCUUGACGGCAAGACGAAGAAGUGGAUCCAGGCGUUCAAGGUCGUUGUCCGGGGCCUCCUUGCUGAGGAGCGCCGCAUCUGCAGCCAGAUCCUUGCGGCCGACCCUAACGCCGAGGAGGAGUGCUUCACUGAGGCGGCCAAGGGCUGUGUCCUCCAGAUGCUCAACUUCGCUGACGCCAUUGCGAUCGGGAAGAGGUCCACAGAGAAGCUGUUUCGCAUCCUUGGUAUGUAUGAGGCGCUUGCUGAGGUGCUGCCAGAGCUUGAAGGCUUGUUCUCCGGUGACGCAAAGGAUUUCAUCAAGGACGAGGCUGAGGGAAUACUGGUACGGCUCGGUGAUGCAGCGCGUGGCACGAUUGAAGAGUUUGCUAAUGCCAUACAGGGAGAGACUUCUCGGAGUCGGAGACCGCUGCCUGGUGGGGAGAUCCAUCCUCUUACCCGCUAUGUCAUGAACUAUGUGUGUCUGCUUGCGGAUUACAAUGCCUCGCUAAAUAGGCUUCUGGAAUAUUGGGAUACUGAGCUGACUGGGGUUGAUAAUCCGAACACGACUCCAUUGGGGCACUGCGUGUUCAUGCUGAUCACACACCUACAGUGCAAGAUUGAUGAGAAAUCGAGGCUGUAUGAGGAUGAAGCGCUGCAGAACAUAUUUUUUAUGAACAAUCUGCUGUACAUUGUGCAGAAGGUGAAGGAUUCAGAGCUCAAGACAUUGCUUGGUGAUAACUGGAUUCGCAAACAUCGUGGUCAGAUAAGGCAAUACUCUACAGGGUAUCUCCGGUCAUCAUGGACUAGGGUGUUAGCUUGCCUGAGAGACGAUGGGCUUCCACACACAAUGGGUUCAUCAGGCGCACUCAAGGCUGCACUGAAGGAUAGAUUCAAAAACUUCAACUUGGCCUUUGAGGAGCUGUACAGGACUCAGACAUCAUGGAAGGUUGUCGAUCCUCAGUUAAGAGAAGAGCUGAAGAUUUCCAUCUCCGAGAAGGUUCUUCCAGCAUACCGUUCAUUUGUUGGAAGAUUUCAUGGCCAACUAGAGGGAGGGAGGGGUUCUGCAAGGUAUAUAAAGUACAACCCUGAUGAUUUGGAGAACCAGGUCUCGGAGUUUUUUGAAGGGAGAAAGCCAAAUGCUUGAUGGUCAAGGGAUGUUCAUAUCAACUAUGCAACCUCAAGACAUGCAAAUUUGAUGAUGCUAGUUCCAAGUUUCCUUCCAAAUUUCUUGAACUACCGUACAUGGAACUUCUAGCCUACCCUAACUUGGUUGGAACUUAAAGGUCUGUACAGAGAACUUGACCUUCCAACAUCUUUUGAAUGUCUGAAGACAACUGACAAAAACUGUGUGAACUUCAAAGCAACCUGAACUGAAUACUUUAGCCUGUCAUCCUUGAUCCUGUCAUGGUGUGUGGUCACAUCAUUGAGGCUUGCACAUGGGAUUAUGACAACUGCAUCUGCCAUAAGCUGUAUAAUUGUAAUUAAUACAUAUUAUCUUUUUUUUUUGCCGAUUGUAACAUCUCGUGAGCCAUGUUUGACUUCAAAAGAAUGUUGGUGCUAGUCAUUUUUAUGUACAGUCCUACCAGCAGUCAUGUUCACAUUUACCUUGUUGCAACCUUUCGUAUAGUGCGUUGCAGCCUCCUGUUAUAUUCAUUUGUUAAUGACAACAAAUGGUCCCGUUGUCUUGUUAAUCUCUGAUCGUAAAAGUAGCAUUUUCAUGAUGCUUUACAAUGUUCUUAAACUUUUCAGUUCCUAAACGA